AUGACGGCAACCGAAGCCAUGGAGAGGACGAGCGGGAACGAGGGCAGUGCCUCCAAGUCCGAGGGAGAGGCCAAGGCCCAGGAUCGGCGUGCACCAGCCGCAGAUGAUGCCCAGAGGACCCCCAAGAAGCGGCGCAAGGUGAAUCAUGCCUGUCUCUACUGCCGUCGAUCUCACAUGACCUGCGAUCUUGCGAGGCCGUGUACGAGAUGCAUCAAACGCAACAUUGGCCAUUUGUGUCAUGACGAACCUCGUGACCACGAGUCGAGGAAGUCCAAGAGCGGCCUGUCCACAGUCCACGAGACUGAAUCCCAGCCGGACACGGGACACAGCAGCGUCAACCAGAAUGCCGGCUCCAUGAGGCCGCCCUCCUUCGACUCGGCCAUGAGUAGCGGACCGGGGCAGGCGGCGAAGGCCGCGUUCGACGCCGCGGCGCUAGCAAGCCGAAGUGCCAAUCCCCUCCAGCUCGUGCAACCCACACCAGUGUCCGGCAUAGCGGCCAGUACCCUGGGCAGCGCAAUGAGCCAGUUUGCCGGUUUGUCCGAUGCCUGGCUGGCGUCCCAGAAUCAUUAUCACGACAUGCAUAACUUCCACAGCACCUUCGGGAUCGCGCCCGAGGUCUCAAAUGAGUUCAGCCUCUUGAACGACUUUUUACAGACAAGCCUGCUCGAUGACGGCGCUCUCCUGGUCGAAGACCCGAACCAGGCUGACUCCGCCUCCCUGUUUCCCAGCAGCAGCGCCAUGCUCCCACCAAGUGCCGUCCCGGGAACCUCGAUGCCCGCGCCAAAUGCCGAGCAGGGCAAAACCAUCUCGCGGCCCACAAGUGCGCUGCCCACGGACAAGACGCGCGCAUACUACCUCCAGGCGGCAGACCCCUCCGGAAACGCCACGCCAGAGGAGCGCAUGCGCCAGGUGCUGCAGGCCAAGUACGAAGCGGGGCUGCUGAAGCCGUUCAACUACAUCAAGGGGUACACUCGUCUGCAGAACUACCUCGACACCCACGUCGCCGCGUCGUCGAAGCAGAAGAUCCUCAGGCAACUGGACCGCUUCCGACCGAAGUUCCGCGAGAAGAUGAAGGACCUGACCGACAUGGAUCUCGUGUUGGUCGAGAUGUGGUUUGAGAGGACGCUGAUGGACCUCGACCGCGUCUUUGCCAGUAUGGCCGUCCCCGCCUGUUGCUGGAGGCGCACAGGAGAGAUUUUUCGGGGAAACAAAGAGAUGGCCGAGCUCAUCAAGGUGCCGGUCGAGGAUUUGCGGGGCGGUAAAAUUGCCCUGCACCAGAUACUCACAGAGGAGUCGAACGUGCGGUACUGGGAAGAGUUCGGAACCAUCGCCUUCGAUCCGGCGCACGACACUCUGCUCACGGCCUGCUCGCUCAAGAGCCCCAUUGAUGGGGUAGAUCACCGCGUCAACUGCUGUUUCUCAUUCCGAGUCCGCAAGGAUGAGCACAAGAUGCCUCCGUCCCACUCAUCGGGUAAAUCGGCGAAACACAUAGAAGCAGCCGUCGGUAUGUCUAUCCAUCUCCUCCCCCCUUACCCCUUUUUCCACAGUCUAUCUCUAAACCCCCACACCGCCGCAACAUACAUACAUAUCCAGGCAUGCCGGUACCCUCCCUUCCGUUUUGGUUCUGCCACAAGCGAAAACUCACUGGCUAACCUAUAUGUGAUUGGCUUGGGUAUAGAAUUCGCAACUCACCUUAAGAAACUCCUUUCCGCCCCGGACCCCUCCGACACCCCGCUCGCCGACCAGCUCGUGGCCGACGUCGCCAAGCACGUCGAGCGCCUGCACGUGUGCCAGCAGACCUACGUGCCCGGACUGAGCGGGGAUCCGGAGAUCGAUGAGCUGGCGACGGGGUUGUGGAACGUUUGUACGCGGCUGGGGAGGCUGAAUCGGGAGAAGGAAUGUUGUAAGGUUGGUGGUGAACGUCAAGUGGAUGGUGGUGCUGGGAGGGAGAGACACGGGGAAGGAGAUGGGAAGGGGCGAAGUAAGCUUGGGUUAUUGGGGCGGCUAUACCUUUACGGGAGGGUCCUUGCCUUCCGUCUGUUGGGAGUGGCUAGGCCGAAGGAGAAUGGACGGGUUGGGGUUGUGGUGAGGCUGAUGAGGUUGGCUCUGAAGGUGGUUAGGGAUUGCAUUGGUGAGUUGUUCGCUGGGCAGGUGAUGCAGAUGGCAGCUGAUUAUAAGGGGUGGCUGCAAGAUAUGAUGGAAUCUUUGCCGGAGGACGAAGUCAGAGAGUGUCGAUGCAUGGAGGUGGAAUAUUUCAUCAUGCGGACGGCGUUGUCCUGGGUUGAAGACAGACUCGACGUCGCGGAACACAUGUACACCAAGACUGAGUGUCUCCAAGAACUUCUUACCCCCGAAUAUGCCGAGCGACUCGCCGACGUUCUGUACGAGAUUGGCAAGUCUCUGUCUGCUCGGAGCGACUUCGCAAUAGCGGUCAAGUGGUUGGAGCGGGCGAACACAAUCAUCAACGCCCAAGAGCUGGAACGGCUAUCACGAGAAGGCCUUGAGCUGCGGCUGGCAACCUUGCAGGCCAUAGUUACCGCCCUUCUAGGCACGGGCACUCCGGAGGGACUCGAGAAGGCCAAACACUACGUCGAGUUCAUCGAGGCGGAAGCAGGCAACAAGUUUGUCGUCUCGUUGCUCAAGCUCGAACUACUUCAGAAAACACCUGCCGAGGUCUUCGAUAGCGAAGCAUAUGCUGACGUCUUACGGCAUAUCAUACGGAACUUUUCCUUCUCCGAGUCCGGGUUCAAAGUGAUCAUGCACCACAUUCGGAAGCUUCACGACAAGAGCCCUGGGGCCGGAUGCGCUGUACUGGACGACUUCAUAAUGGCGCUCAAUUGUGCACAGAAGAGCGGGUGGAUGGAAAAGGCCGUGGUGACGCGCAUGUGGAUGAUCACCAACCAGCGGGAUACAGUCGAGACUAUCAAUGCCGCGAGGAAUGUACUUGGAUAUCUUACUGGUCCAUUGAGCGCGGAGGCGGCCGUCGCAGCGCAGGCGCUGCUCUGGAAGAAGCUGGAGUCGAACUAUAAUCAGGGGCAGUAUGAUCUGGCUGAAAGCUGGUGCCAGCUUUCCUUGAACAGCGUUUUCCGGAGUUGCGGCCCUGGCAACAUGUCCAAAUUAGAAAGCUUGGAUUUAGCGGCAUCCAUCGUCCACAAGAUGUCGCCACAGAGCCGGAAGGAACCCAUGACGGCGUACCUAGCAUUCAAGGUCGCCGUCCGCAUUGAGGAUCGUGCUCUAGCUGCGGAAUGUCUCGAGAACGUGGCCCAGGCACCAGACCACGUCGACUACCUCGGCGCUUGCAUCGCAGAGUCACAGAAGGCCGGCGACAUUCUGUGUGCCAUCAACGCUUUGAGAAAGCUCCAUGAGAAAUACGAGUACAAGGAACCAAAUCCAAUACAUCUGCCUGCUCUGUUUCGGUGCACCAUCCGCUUGUUAAAUUUGCUGGCUGAGAGGCCUGGAGUUGACACGGACAUGAUCGUGAAUGGCCUCUGUGAGGAGUUUGAUGCUGUGUUGUACUCUACCAUGCGCAAGAUUGUCAACGAAAUUUGGGUGCUCGAGAGCUUCGACGCGGUCAAGCUGGCCAAGUACACGCGCUGCCUGUUCCAUGCGACAUUGCCGCUGGAUGAUGGGCUGGCGAUGAAGCUGCUGGAUGAGGCGUGCAGUAAGGCAAGGGAGUUGCGAGAGAGUGAAGCCACAUGGCCGGAAGAGGAGCUGGAAUGGAUGGCUACCACGGCAUUUAACCACGCCAUCGACUGCUACAGUGCUCAUGAGGCUGAGCGGGCCAAGGAGUGGGCGACCAAGGCGAUCAACUUGGCACAUUAUUGCAACGAUGGGAGGCUGGAAGAGAUCUUGCAAAGCAGAUAUCUGCGGUUGAGCUUCGAUGGGGGAUCAGGUUAA